AAUGCCAGGUCCUGCUCUGGCUAAGGGAAGAGGACACUGACACACACACACACACACACACACACAUAGACACCAGCGCUCAGAAGAGUACUAGAACAGCCACUUGUGUUCACACACUAUACACCUCGCUGAACAUACUAAGAGACUCUUUUUCACACAGAUUGUGAGGAGUUACGUAAUUUCUGCGCCUACUUGAGGAGAAGGAGGAGAGACUGUUUAACAAGAAGUAAACAGCUGAGAAAGUUGCACUCUAAGAUUGUCAUCAUGAAUUUACAUGUGGCACUAUUUUUUGCUGGGCUCUUUGGUGCCUUGGCAACUCUGUUCAUUUUCUUGUCUUUUGGCACGGACUAUUGGCUCUUGGCAUUAGAGACCUGCAAUUCACAACCAAAUCGUACGGUUACUUUGCAGCAAGGUGAUGUUAAACAAGACCAGAACAUUACCUUUCAUCAUGAGGGCUUCUUUUGGCGCUGUAGCUUUAAUGAAAUCACGAAUGAGGACAAUCUGUGGAAGUUCUGGUUUGAAAAUCAGCCACAUGCGAGGGAAUGCAAACCUGCAUAUCUUCUCCCCUUUCCCUUCCCUGACCAGAUCUACAACACUACCAGCUAUCAGACUGCCAUAAUCUACAGAGGCUUCUGGAGCGUCUCUAUGUUGCUGGGUUUGGCCGCUGUGGUGGCCGGCGGUUUCAUUAUUAUUUGCGCAGCUCCAUUCGCCAGUCAUCACCUUUAUAAAGCUGGAGGUGGGCUCUACCUCAUUUCUGGUUUCUUCCUUCUCGUUGUCACUGUGAUGUAUGUUUUCUGGUUAGAUGUUUUGGAUGUAAUAAGCUCGUAUAAUGAAUAUCAGAAGAACAAUAAGUGCCAUGAUUUUGAGCUCAAUAUGACUUAUGGCCUCUCUUUCAUGUUUGCUCCUGUGGGCGUGUUCUUCUGUCUUCUGUCUGGUCUUCUCUUCCUAGUGAUUGGCCGUACAGUCCAACAUCAUUGUAAAUGAACCUCAUGAAUGGUUUCAAAACAGUGCUCAAAAUGCAUUAAAGGGAUUGCUCAUUACAAAGUGAAACUUUAGUCAUCAAUUACCCACUCUUUUGUCGUUGAACACAAAAUAAGAUAUUUUGAAGGUUGUUUUAUAACCAAACAGUUGACAGUAGCCACAGUGUUUUUUCCAUACUAUGAAUGUCAAUGGCUGCUGUUUGCAUAACUGUUUGGUUACCAAAAAUAUGUUAACAUUUUUGGGUGAACUAUCCCUUUAAUUAAUGGCAACUAACCUCUGAAGUUGUGCUGACUUUAUUGCAAGGUAGGGUGUUAUUUUUAAAUUUAAAUUUCGCAUAUAUGACUUCAGUAUUUGGCCUUCAUGUGUGCUGUGAGCAGUACUGUAAACAGUGAUCAUGGAUGGUUUGGGAACACUUCGUGUUUGUGUGAGUAUAGUAUUGCACAAAGCAUUAAAUUAUGUUUAAUAUGUCUAUUAGGAACCUCUGCAUAAAUAAUCGGAUAAAUCGGAUAAAUUACCAAAACAUAUCGGUAGACAAUUUUUGACUGCUUAAACCUUCUCAAGUAUAAAUGUAGCCUUUUUUUUUUUGGUGUUUGUUCCACCUUAUGUUGUUUUGAUUAUUAAUUUUUGGGUGAUUUCUAGAGUGUUUUUCUCCCCUCAGGCUUUGAUAUAAUCUUGACAGACUUUGUAGCAUUGUAGAAAUACCCUGCUGACAUGAAAGCUUUAUCUUUUACUUGCACAGUUUGUUCACACACCACAGCACAUAUUGAUUUGCUUUGUAAAUAAUAUCAGAAAUUGCUAUCAAGAUAUGUACUGUAAUAUUUCAAAAUAUUCAUUAAACAAUUAAUAAAAAUAAAAAAAUUCUCUGUACGUAUUA